UCGGCCUGGGUAGUAUCUUUACAUUUUUUGGCUCAGUGUGCCAGCGUUUGCCAAGAUGAAGUCCACGAUUGCUGUUUUGCUACUUGUGUUCUCUUUGACCAGCAGUUACCGUCUAACUGAUGAAGAAUAUGAUCCUUUCGAACCCUUCAUCAGCGGAGGAACCAAUGCCGUUCUUGGCCAGUUUCCAUCCAUUGUAGCCGUUGGCGUUCCAGUUCCUAUUAAUGGCUUCUGCGGUGGCGUUAUCCUUAACGAAAACCAUGUGCUUACGGCAGCUCGUUGUGUUCUGACUGUCCAGAAUACGCUGCUUUUCCCGAAUCAACUCACCAUCAUGUCAGGAGCCCUGCAGCUGAACUUUGCUGCUCCUCGAAUUGGUGUUUCUGCUGUCUACGUUCACCCGCAGUACAACCCAUUCACCUUUGCCAACAAUCUGGCUGUACUGCGAACCACAUCGAGUUUCCUGCCACCGCUGGUUGCAACGCCUAACAUUGGUUUUAGCGUCCUGGGGGACGAAAUUCCAUUCGACGGAAUGCCAUGCCAGGCUACCGGAUGGAACAACGCUACCAACAAUCCGAUACAGCAAUUUAUCAACGCUCCGAUCCUGAAUCGAGACAUCUGCAAUGCACUGCCCUUGAAUUUCGGACGCAUCAGCGAGUCGAUGGUGUGCGCCGGAGUUACCGGAACGGGACCGGGAGUCUGCGCUAGCAACAUGGGAACGGGACUGUUCUGCGAUGGACGAUUGGCAGGAGUUCUUUCGACAGGUUUCGGUUGCGGCCAGGCCAACAAUCCGGGAGUCUACACGCAGAUUCGUUUCUACCUACCCUGGAUUCGACAGCAGUUUGACCGGCAGGACGUUCCUCCGGGUGGUUCGUCUCCUAUUCCGAUUUGGUAAACAGUGUUCGCUUGAGUGAAAUAAAGAUGGUUUUUGGAUAA